CCAGUGUCACCUGUGGAGUAGUCGCUUCAACAUCCACUUAACUCUUCUUUUUCAUUAGUUACGCGCAUUGUCUCCAAAAAGCCUGGAAUUCAUUGCUGUUGUGAGAGCGCAACUCUUCAGCAGUCGGUGGUGUGGUCUUUUCCGGCCGCGCGUCGUCGGUUCAAAGUACUGUACAUAAGUAUUUAUUCGUAGAAAGUCUUCCUCUCGUCGUCGUAUAGAAGCCCUACGAAUCGGACAUCAACAGUUGAGCAUCAGGAGACGCUGAUGAGAAAACUUCGUCAGGGGAUUGAAACGACGUCUUUGUAAGCGUCCGAUUCCACUCGGGAGAAAGCGGGCAGUCUGGAAGAUUGCGUCAACGUCGUCAUCCAGUUCUGAAAAGUCCCCAUUUCUUUCCAGCGUAUGGAAAGCCCUCACCAGUAAACUCGUUAUACUCUUUUCUUAAUUGUUUUCGUGUCGCUCGUAAGGGGAGGUAUCAUCCUGCAUCGUGCAAGACUGUGAUGUAGUUCCAACACUGAUUGUACGGGAUGAUUCUGGCAAUCAGAGGACCAACUGUCUUCUUACUGACUUACUUACUUCGCAUGUGGGGAAUCCAGUGGAAAAGAGGCAUGGAAAUCUUACCGUCUUCGUGAAAGGAAGAUCUGCGGGAAACUUUAUCCCAAAUUUAAAAAAAAAAUUAAACCAAACUUACAGUAGCUGCUGCCUUCUCUCUGGUCCUAAUAAUCCGUUAGUUUGACUUUCGACUGCGUGCAAAUCCUGAGUAAUUGUUUUUGUUUAGAGAUGUUUAGGUAUCUGAUGUAUUCAGGUUUUCUCUGUCACUGAAAUACAGGCUGACAGGAUCUAAACAUCUACCAAUGCGAGUAUUGGUGUUCUGCUUAGAAUGGCAUUGCCGGGUUGAGUGUUCAAGAUUUGGCAAGUGAUCUAAGAACCAUUUUUGCAAGUUUACAGAUAAUUAGCUCGAUGUUUUAUUAUUUCCUCUAGUCGCCUUGAAGUCUUAAGUCCCCUUUAAAGAAAUAAACGUCGAUCUCUUAAACUUCUUCUUCUUUUUAUUAUAUUUUUUUUUUAGUUUGUCUGUUUUUCGGAAGGUCUCAAUAGCAAGGUUGGGAACACGUGACGGUGCUUUUGGCAAGGGACAACUACCACUACUGUCGUCUAAAUUGGUUAGAUUGAUUAGUUUCCUGCCAUCGGCAACGUAUGGCGUAGAUGAUCCGUGUACACCGAUUCAUUAAUUAACAGCCAAAAAGAUUCACUACAUAUUUCCCACCUAACAAAAAUACUAUUAGCCCAACGUCCAUAUCUUCGUCUCUCGUACGAAAAUAAAAGAACGGGUCAAAGUUAUAAUAAUCAUUUUCCUCGUUCAGUUUGAAAGUUGCGAUCUGAAUAAAGUCCGGGUUCUUACUUAAACCUGCGUUUUUAAAUGUUAGCAGAGCUGGCAGGAGUGUCGAGAGGGCUUCUUUGGCUCGCGUGAGCUUUCGAAUCAGCGUGUCAACAUCGCCGCCUCCUCCUCUUCCUUCUUCAUCUUCUUCUUCUUCUUCUCCUCUCAACUCGAAUCUCGUCCCCAACUCCUCGCCUUUCAGUUGGACGCUGUCCUUCGCCCUCUCUGUUGUGGAGGGAAACUCGCGUGAGGAAAGUGUAUUGUGACUUGAGUGAAAUUUCCCCCCAGAUUCGUUUUCGUGCAGUUUUGAACGAUUGAUUCGUCUUAGAAAACAUUGUUUCUUGCGGAAAAAGUCGUUUUGGCUUUUUUACAAGCUGCCAUAGGGCCACCAGUUAUCCCUGUGUUUAGAGGAGCCUGACUGACUGUAGUAGUAAAUCGCUCGCCACGAGUGCAAACCAUUUUACCAAAGGGGGCCGCUUACGUGACUCCCCCUCCAUGCACCCGUAGUCGCGAGAUGUUCUUGUCUUCCUCUCUGCAGCAGCAUUCCUAUUCGCAAAAGCCUCAAGGACUCGUGCAGUUCGGUGUCAUUUCGCGCAACUGUUGAAUAUUCUCAGCAAAGGUGGCGGAUCCAGCCAAGUUAGAUGACGAUGGGAGGGGAGAGGUGAUGAUGAUGACCGAGGUGCCCCUCAUGAAGCCCGAUGUGGAGGGCACAGACUUCGUGGGCGUGGACUCCCCGACGUCGUCGUCCUCGUCGUCGUCCUCGUCGUCGCCUCCCCUUUCCCUGUCCCUGUCCCCUCCCACGGCCGAGCUCCUGAUAGAUCAGCAGAUAAGCGAGGCCGUUCUGGCCAAUCUGGAGUCCUUCCAGGAGUCCCUGGCCGAAACGCCCCUCUUGGGCACCAUCGAAGAUGAGCCCUCCACUAUCGGCUCUCACGGCUUGCCCUUGCUUGACCUGGUCCCGAGCACGCCGCUCUCCGUCAGCCCUGGCUCGCCCCCGCCCCCCAUCGGGGGCAACCCGCUCCUCCCCACGCCCCCAAUCAGCCCGAUCGGCGUGCGGGUGAUGGAAUCGGACGAGGAGUCCCCCUGCGGCGACAUCACCACUCCGCUGAAGUUCGAUUGUAACGAGGCCACCUGGCGCCCUUCGGAGGAGGUCGUCGAGCCUCGCCUGACCCCGCCCAGGGUCAUCCCCACCAUCGACUACCUGCAGGUGCCGCCCCACCACCGGGCGAAGCUGCGGAAGAAGAGGAAGGUGUCCUUCGGGAAAGCGGACAGCAAGCGAACCAUAUCCCCGCCGCCAUGUACCCCCGUGGUCAUGCCCGCCCUGUCGGAGGACGAGGCCGUCGUCGUCACGGAACUCCCCGUCGAGGAGGCGUCGUCGGAGGACGACCUCGACCAGGACCCGACUCAGCCCAACGGCGGGUUGUUGACGGUGGUGCCUCCUCCGGCCGGGAGUGACAAGCCCAGCAACUUGAGCGCCGCGAAUUGUGUGAUCAAGAUCCCGCAGAAGUCGAGGAAGCCCUCGUUCUCGAAGAUCGACAUCCCUUGCUACCACCGGAGACCUUCGGGGCACGCGCUUGAUGUCAACUUCGACUACACCUUCACGGUGAUGUAUGGUCGAUACACCAAGGACUUGGGAAGAUACGCCAGAGAAGAAGCCAAGAAACUCAAGAAGGAAGAGAAAACGGGAAGUGGUGCCUCAGGCCUGAGACCUUACAGAGGCAAAGUCGCGACGAAGUGUCUCCGGAUCUUGGGCACCAUCUGGCAGGCGACCUUCGCCCGAGUGGGCGAGGACUGGGUAUUCCUCGCAGUCCUGGGUAUCGUCAUGGCCAUCAUCUCCUUCAUUAUGGACUACGGCAUCGCUAUUUGUAACAAAGCCCGCAUCUGGUUGUACCGAGACUUGGCCAGCCACACGGCUCUCCAGUACCUGGCCUGGGUCUCCCUACCUGUGUGUCUCAUCCUGUUUUCGGCCGGUUUCGUCCAUAUCCUGGCGCCCCAGGCAGUUGGUUCCGGUAUCCCCGAGAUGAAGACCAUUUUAAGAGGCGUCGUCUUGAAGGAGUACCUGACGUUUAAAACACUGAUAGCAAAAGUUAUAGGUUUGACAGCGACGCUGGGUUCUGGUUUACCCCUUGGCAAAGAAGGUCCCUUUGUGCAUAUCGCCAGUAUAGUGGCCACUUUGUUGUCAAAGGCGGUGACGUCAUUCAAAGGAAUAUACGAGAAUGAAUCCCGGAACUCCGAGAUGCUUGCUGCUGCCUGUGCUGUGGGUGUCGCUUGCUCGUUUGCUGCGCCAAUUGGUGGUGUGUUAUUCAGUAUAGAGGUAACCAGCGUAUACUUUGCGGUUAGGAACUACUGGCGAGGAUUCUUUGCUGCUGUUUGCGGUGCCAUGAUGUUCCGUUUACUAGCAGUAUGGUUCAACGACGAAGAGACCCUGACUGCCCUCUUCAAGACUGACUUCAAGGUUGGAUAUCCAUUCGAUCCUCAGGAGUUGUUCGUCUUUGCUCUGGUUGGAGUAAUGAGCGGAUUUUUGGGGGCACUCUUCGUCUGGGUCCAUCGUCAGUAUGUUAUAUUCAUGCGUAAAAACAAGAAGAUGAAGGCAUUUCUUCAAAAGAGCCGUCUGUUGUAUCCCCUUGUUAUCAUGCUUUUGCUCACAAGCCUCACCUUUCCUCCUGGUUUUGGGCAAUUCAUGGCUGGAGGAAUGACCAACCAUCAUCAAGUAGUGGAUUUGUUUAGCAAUGUCACUUGGACCAAGGAAGAACUUUCAGUCCAAGAAUUUGAGAUUGUAGAGAACUGGAGGACGCCUUGGACUGGAGUCUUUGUUAACCUUAUUGUCUAUAUAACUUUUACGUUUUGUGCUACCGUCGUUGCCAGUACCUUGCCAGUCCCAUCAGGUAUCUUCAUUCCAGUUUUCAAAAUGGGAGCUGCACUUGGCAGAUUUAUGGGAGAGGCAAUGGCAUGCACAUUCCCUAAUGGUUUACGCUACGGAGGUCAUAACCAUAUCAUAAUACCUGGAGGAUACUCAAUCGUAGGAGCUGCUGCAUUAGCUGGUGCUGUUACACAUACUAUAUCAACUUCUGUUAUAGUGUUUGAACUUACUGGACAGAUCACACACAUCCUUCCAGUGAUGAUUGCUGUUCUCAUCGCCAAUGCCAUUGCUCAAUUGCUUCAGCCAUCAGUUUAUGAUUCCAUUAUUCAAAUUAAGAAGCUUCCUUACCUACCCGAUAUCCUUACUGCGACUUCUGGGGCAUAUAAUAUUUAUGUAGAAGAUUUUAUGGUUCGAGAUGUCAAAUAUAUAUGGUAUGGCAUCACCUACAGACAGUUGAAAAACAUUCUAAAAGAACAUAAGAAGAUUCGAUCAUUACCUCUUGUUGACUCUCCAGAUUCAAUGAUCCUUCUUGGAUCAAUACAGAGAUCAGAACUCAUAUCGAUGCUAGAAGAACACCUCGGAAAAGACCGGAGACUCAGAGUUAUCAACAAAUGGAAACUUGCUGCCCAGAACCUGCACUCUCUUUCUGGGACAUUGUGUAAACUACCAAGUAUGAGGAGGCGCAAUACGUUAUGUGGAGCCCUAGAAGCUGAACAGAUGGAACAAGAAGCAGAGGAGGCAAAAAGAGAAGAGGAAAGGAAAAAGAGGCUCAUGGAUAUUGAGGAAGGAAAAAAACCAGUUCCAUCAGCAGGCCUGGCAAUGGUGGCAGGAAUAGGAGGAGCACUUGCAGCGGCUACAGGCAUUGGUUUUAAUUUCAGAGGAGAUCAGUCUCCAGACAGUUCUCCACCUUCUACAACUGCUACUCCAGAAUCAACACCUAUUUUAACAUCAACGCCUACAACUAGUUCAGCUGCAACUGCAGUUAAUCCUGUGAUAUCUCUUACUACGAGUGAAAUUACUGAAGAUACAGAAAAUAAGCAAAGGAGACCAUCCAGGUUUGAGGUUGUUAAAGUAGAUUCCCCAGCAAGACAUGAAUCCACUGUUACUUUGCAAAUAGAUCCUGUGGAGAUUCCAACAGCAUCAGAAUCAGCUUUACACAGACCGUCAGAAGCAGCCCUAAGGUCACCACUACCAAAAUCCAUCUUGAAGAAAACUAACAGUUUCAUCCUUCAUCCAGCGCCUUCAUCACCAUUUGUAUCACCUCAGCAUACGCCAUAUGCCACUGUCCAUGCUGGUGAUUCCAGACUAAGACAAGCUUUUGAAGCAGUUUUAAGAAAAACAAGUUUACUAAAGAUGGAGGACAAAGGUAUUCAUAGCAGUCAAAAUCUUGCUACUCCAACCAGUGCUUCCAAAAGAGUAUCUCUUCCUGCAGAUCGAAUGAUUGAGAUGACCUUAGAAGAGCAGCGAAGAUGGGAGGAGGAAGAACUCAACAAAGAAGUUGAUUUCAGUAAAUGCCAUAUUGACCCUGCACCCUUCCAAUUAGUUGAGAGAACUUCACUUCUUAAGGUCCAUUCUCUUUUCUCAAUGUUAGGCCUCAACCAUGCAUAUGUAACAGCAAUAGGUAGAAUUAUUGGAGUUGUGGCCCUAAAAGAG